CACUGACUCUGCACACACACAGGGUGGACACACACUCACCCCACACCUAGAAACACACGCAGAAGCUCAUUUAGUUAGACCUGUGGAGAUGCCAUGUGUCAGCUCUCAUCUCGACCAGAUGGUGAAGAUGCCUUGUAGCUACAGCUCUGUCGUUGAUAAAAUCCUCCUGGUAGAGCAGAUCCUGUCAGAAUUCCGACUGAAUAAGGAAGAGCUAAGAGAAGUCAUGAAUAGGAUGCAGCGUGAAAUGGACAGAGGACUGCGUUUAGAGACGCAUGAGGAGGCCAGUGUCAAAAUGCUUCCAACUUAUGUCUGCUCCACCCCUGAGGGAUCAGAGGUAGGGGAUUUCCUGGCUCUGGACCUGGGGGGGACAAACUUCCGUGUGAUGCUGGUCAUAGUGGGGGAAGAUGAGGAGAGGAGCUGGAAGGUGGAGACAAAAAACCAAAUGUACUCCAUUCCUGAAGAUGCAAUGACAGGGACCGCUGAAAUGCUAUUUGACUACAUAGCAGAGUGUAUGUCAGACUUUUUGGACAAACACCAUAUCAAGCACAAGAAGCUUCCUCUGGGUUUUACCUUCUCCUUUCCAGUACGACAUGAGGACAUCGACAAGGGUAUCCUGCUUAACUGGACCAAAGGCUUCAAGGCCUCCGGGGCAGAAGGGAACAACGUUGUGGGUUUACUCAGAGAUGCUAUCAAGAGACGAGGAGACUUUGAGAUGGAUGUGGUUGCCAUGGUGAAUGACACAGUAGCCACCAUGAUUUCCUGCUAUUACGAGGAUCGCAGCUGUGAAGUUGGGAUGAUUGUUGGUACUGGUUGUAACGCGUGUUACAUGGAGGAGAUGAGGACUGUGGAGUUGGUCGAAGGGGAGGAGGGCCGGAUGUGUGUGAACACAGAGUGGGGGGCUUUCGGAGACAACGGGGAGCUGGAGGACUUCAGACUGGAGUACGACAGAGUGGUGGAUGAGACCUCGAUUAACCCUGGACAACAGCUCUAUGAGAAGCUGAUCAGUGGGAAGUAUAUGGGUGAGCUGGUCAGGCUUGUUCUCAUGAAGCUGGUGAAUGAAGACCUGCUGUUUAACGGUGAAGCGUCAGAGCUGCUGAAGACACGUGGCGGCUUUGAGACACGUUACGUCUCACAGGUGGAGAGUGACACUGGGGACAGAAAACAAAUCUACAAUAUCCUGUCCUCACUGGGCGUUCUGCCAUCAGAGCUGGACUGUGACAUUGUGCGUCUGGUCUGCGAGAGUGUUUCCACUCGCUCUGCUCACAUGUGCGGUGCAGGGCUCGCUGGUGUGAUCAACCUGAUGGGGGAGCGACGCCACCAGGAAGCCCUGAAGAUCACAGUGGGGGUCGACGGAUCCGUCUACAAGCUGCACCCAUGUUUCCGUGACAGGUUCCACAAAGUCGUCAGGGACCUCACGCCUCACUGUGAGAUCACCUUCAUCCAGUCGGAGGAGGGGAGCGGUCGCGGAGCAGCCCUUAUCUCAGCAGUGGCCUGCAAGAUGGCUGCGUGCAUGCUGACACAAUAGAGGGAGGUGUGCACCGGGCUGUCUCCCUGCAGGACACAGUGGUGAAGUAAGCCGGAACUCUGACCUGAGAACACUGAUGACGUGUCAUCUGCAGACGUGCAGCUCUGGCCAUUUCCAGGCUCCGAGGGAUGUGUGUCAGUGAACUGGACACUCGUGGCUGGAGGAUGUACAGACAAGAAAGCAGCAAACAAUUUGUAUUAUAGACUGUAUUUGGUAGUACUGGACCAACUUGUAGCAAUUUCAGUGUUUCUCAACUUUAAGAAUUGGUUUACAGUUGCACCCAAAACAUUAGGCGCCAAGAAAGCUAAUUUAAAAUACAUGCUCCCUGUGUAUCACUGCCUGUUGAUAGUGUUUUGGUAUGGACUGGUCCAUUUCAAAAAUGGCUGAUGUAUUAUUGAUGAUAGUGUAUUAUAAUACCAGUGCAAACUGGCAGAUGUGCAACACAAGUAUUCUUUUUGUAAAUGCUAUUAUAAACUAUGACUACAUCAAGUUCAUUGCUUUGUUGUGAAGUAAUUCCUGUUUGUGAACAAUGCCAUACUUCUUUGGUAUAGUAUAUUUAAUUUUAUGUUUACGACUGUGUGUUAGCUGGUUGGUUGUAGUUUUUCAUAUGUGCAUGAUGAAUUCUGCUU